AUGUUUACAUCAUGCCCAGAAGCACCUAAAAUUGAUUGGUCCAAAUAUAAGAAUGCUAUUCGUAUCACUGAUUUAUUAGAAAAUUUUGAAAAGCAAUACAAUGCUGUUAAAAUUCCAUAUCCUGAAGACAAAUAUACAGCAUCUAAAUUGUUGCCAUAUUCCCAAAUGACUUAUAAAGAUGCUGCUUAUAUUGAGCCUGAUUUGACAUUAGGUCUUGAAAACAAGCCAUCAUUCUGGCCUCAUCAAGAAAUGAAUGUAUUUGAUAAGCCACAAGAAGAAGGAUCAGAAAAACAAAAAAAAAGUUGA